CGUUCAAAUCAUCGGAUCUGGUUAUUACCAGUGUCAAGCAUUACACGAUCGAGAUGGGAAAAGGUACGGACAAGCUAUAUAUCACCCACUCAGAAUGGUCCUCUGAAGAUGCGUUCAGCGCCUCGAAAGGCUCAAGUGCCUCAAAGGCCAAGAUCCCAGGCGCAAACUUCCGCCGCUUACCAUUCAAUUUCUGCGCCGUCUCCCUACAGCCGUUCAAACAGCCGGUCUGCACAUCCGACGGAGUGAUAUUCGACUGGGAGAACAUACUGGAAUGGUUAAAGAAGCAUGGCACAAACCCUAUCAACGGCACGCCCUUGAAGAGUGCCGACCUGAUCAAGCUGAACUUCAUGAAGAACGACGACGGCGAGUUUGUAGAUCCUGUCACGUACCGCGUCUUGACGGAUAACAGCCAUAUUGUGGCCCUCGGAAAUACUGGAAAUGUAUUCACGUGGGAUACGAUUGAUCGGUUGAAUAUAAAGGCAAAGAACUGGAAGGACUUGGUUAGCGAGGAGGACUUUACGAGGAAGGACCUGAUCACGCUGCAGGACCCGCAGAAUCUGGGCGCGAGGGACUUGAGCAGCUUCAAAUAUGUCCAAGAAGGUGUCAGGACGCUGACGGACGCGCAAGAGGCGGAGCGGAGCAGCGGCGUCAACGCAGACGCCCUCGGCAGCUCCGGGAAGAUAGUCAAGGCCAAAGAGGCCAUCGCGAAGGCAAGAGCGGAACGAGAGAAGAAGGCCGCCAAUUCCGGGCCAUCAGCGACGCAAGCCACGGCCAUGACAAGACCCGGCAGCACAGCAGCAGCACCCGCACACCUCAACCAGAUCAAAAAACCAGCAUACAACUCCGCCCAACACACCACCGGCAAAGCAGCCGCCUCCUUCACCAGCACCGGCCUCACCCCACACACCUCCAACGAGCGCGCCAUCCUCACCGACGAAGAAUACAUGCUCAAGCCCAAACGCAUCAAAACAAAGGGCUACGCCCGCCUGCACACCUCACACGGCCCGCUCACCCUCGAACUCCACCCCGAAUUCGCCCCCAAAACCGUCUGGAACUUCGUCCAGCUCGCCAAACGCGGCUACUACAACUCCACCACCUUCCACCGCUCCAUCAGAAACUUCAUGCUCCAGGGCGGCGACCCCACCGGCACCGGCCGCGGCGGCACAAGCAUCUGGAACAAACCCUUCGCCGACGAAACAGACGGCCCGCUCAAGCACGACUCCCGAGGCACCGUCUCCAUGGCAAACAAAGGGAAAAACACAAACACAAGCCAGUUCUUCAUCACAUACCGCCAAACCCCGCAUCUCGAUCGCAAACACACCAUCUUUGCCCGCGUCCUCCCGGAUGGCGGCGGGCUGGACGUCCUCUCCCGUAUCGAGAGCGUUGCUACAGACGACAAGGAUAGACCCGUUGACGAUGUCGUCAUCGAGCAGGUCGUCGUCUUUGUCGAUCCGUUUGAGGAGUUUCUCAAGUCACGUGCGGAGAAGGAGAGUAGGGAGGCGGCGGACGAGGAGGUGCGGAGGCAGGGCGGGACGGAGGAUGAUCGGACGACGUGGACGGGGAAGAGGAUUAGACGGGAUGGCGUGGUGGGUGGGGAUACGGAUGGUGCUGUGGCGGGUGUGGGGAAGUAUCUCAAGGCUGCGAUUGAGGAGGAGAAGGGGAGGGAGAAGGGGAAGAACGACGUUGUUGUGGGUGGUUGGGGCGAAGGGGAUGAUCGAGAACUGCAACAGCAGCAGCCUGUGCGGAAGAAGGUCAAGAAGAGUGCGGGCGGGUUUGGGAAUUUUGAUUGUUGGUAGUAGUGUCUCCCGUUCAGUUGUAGUAGUAAUGCAUAUCCAUGAUACCCCCUUGGCUCCCUGCU